UUUCCUGAAGUGAAGAAAAUGCAAGUUUACAGUUUUGUGAUAACAAGGGGGCGGUUUUGGUAAUUCAAAGCCACACACUUUCGGCAAUCCGCAUCACCUGAAAAACCAGCACCUACUCCACUAUAUCCGGCUAUCUUCUCUGUCAAAAAACGCCUUACCUAUUUUUCAAAGUUUUUUCUUUUUUCUUCUUCUCAUACGUUGCAUGGCUUCUUCUUUAUACCAUAUCUCAACAACUUAUAUUUGACUUCUAAUUGUUUUUUGAAUUAAACUGACUCCACAUCUGUAACAGAACCUAGUUUUACUCAGAUGGAGAGGCAGAGAAGUUUCUCCUUCAAACCAACUAGAUUUCUGGUCUUCUCUUUCACGCUUUCAUCUUCUAUAAUCUUCCUCACUUUUUUUACUGCCUGGCUUUUCAAAUCCAGCCCUUCAAUUCUCCAAGAAACAAAUUUUGAGCUCAAUAGAACCUCCCUUCUUCUGGGUCUCAAACCCAUUUCUGUACAGUCCUUGACUGCUAAUUUUUCAGCAAACAGCUUUAAGAGUUCCGUUUUUACAGAUUCCCAUUUUACAGUACCUGAAAAUACUUCUGGGUUUGCAAGCAUUUCAAUUUCUAGAGAUAGAGGUGAAUCUGAACCGCUAAAAGCUGAAAGAGACAAAGAUGGUGUAAAUGGUAAUUUUACUAGAGUGCAAGAGAGUGUAACAGUACCAGCGACUUCUUCAUCUGAGAAAAGUCAAGUCGUAAGUAGUGAAAAUAGUGAAAAGAAGAAAAUAAAAGCAAUCUCAACAAGUGAUAGUGAAGUUUCAAGGAGUGAGAAGAUUGCAGAAAAGACUAAAGCAGCUGGUUCACUUGAAUAUAUUGAAGGACCAAAGGAAGGUGGGAUUAAAGAGAAGAAAAACAAAGCAGCAACCUCAUUUGAAAAUCCGAGAGCUCCAAGUAAAGUAAAGAUUAAAGAGAAGAAUACAAGAGUCUGUGACAUUACAAAAGGGAGGUGGACCUAUGAUGAAAGCUAUCCUUUAUAUACUAAUAGUUCAUGUCCUUUUAUAGAUGAAGGAUUCGAUUGUGUUGGCAGUGGAAGGUUGGACAAAAAUUACAUGAAGUGGAGAUGGCAACCUCAAGAUUGUGACAUCCCAAGGUUCAACGCGAGCAGAAUGCUAGAUUUAAUCAGAGGGAAGAGGCUGGUUUUUGUUGGUGAUUCAAUUAAUAGGAAUCAGUGGGAGUCCCUGCUGUGUAUGUUAAUUGGAGCUGCUAGAGAUCCUAAGAUGGUGUAUGAGACUCAUGGUAGGAAAAUCACCAAGGAGAAAGGGAAUUAUAGCUUCAGAUUUGUGGAAUACAAAUGUACUGUUGAAUACUAUGUGUCGCAUUUCUUGGUUCACGAGAGCAAAGCAAGAGUAGGGCAGAAACGGGUGCAGACAUUGCGGAUUGAUGCUAUUGAUCACGGAUCAUCAAGAUGGAGAGGAGCUGAUAUUCUGAUUUUUAACACUGCCCAUUGGUGGUCUCACUUCAAAACAAAAGCUGGGAUUAACUAUUACCAAGAGGGGAACCAAGUUCAUCCCAAGCUUGACGUUUCUACGGCUUUCAGAAGAGCUUUAAUGACUUGGGCAUCAUGGGUUGAUAGACACAUUAAUCCCAGAAAGACCCAAGUUUUCUUUCGAAGUUCAGCACCUUCCCAUUUCAGGGGCGGGCAAUGGAAUUCAGGUGGCCAUUGUAAGGAAGCUACAGAACCCCUAAAUGAAACUUCUGGUGUGGCUUUUCCUGAGAAGAACACAAUCACGGAAGAUAUCAUCAAGCAUAUGACAACUCCUGUUACUUUCUUAAAUAUUACUAGUUUAUCAGAAUUCCGAAUAGAUGGUCAUCCAUCCAUAUAUGGAAAAACACCUACAAAACGAUACACUUCAAGCGGUCAAGAUUGCAGCCAUUGGUGUCUUCCCGGCAUCCCCGAUACAUGGAAUGAGUUAUUAUAUUUUCACUUGCAGAGCAAACGGCGGGACAGUAUUCAAUAAAAUCGGUUUCUGCUUCUUAGCUUUGUACAUUCUUACGAUCGUUUAUGCCUCCGAGUUUUGUAGGCGGUAAUGCGAGAAGAAUCCCAUGUACACGAUGUCUUCCAACCUCAAGUAAAACGUUAUAGUUCUGAUUCAUAUUAACAAAAUUACCGAAAUGUAAAAAAUCCAUAACUUCUCUGCACAUUGCAAGCAUCCACCAAGUUUUUAUUGCCAA